ACGUACACGGCGCGGCAGUCGCGUCUUAGACGAGUGCGCCGGUUCGCGCGCGUCCGUGUAUACACACCGCCGAGUCGUAGCAGUUUUUCAAAAAAAAAAAUCCGAAAGAAAAUCCUUCACCCGUUUGUAUAUAAGUCGAUCGUUAAACUAUUUUGCGCCUAAUGAAUUUCAUGUCUCGUCCAGUUUUUUUUUUCAUAUAUUAUUUUCAUCUCGACAACAUGACGUACUGUUAGUAUUAUUGUUAUUAUAAUAUUACAACGUGGGUAUUGUUCGAUUCGUAAUAUUGAUAUACAUGCCAUGUAAAAAAGUUUUAUAUUAUUGGCGUGUCGUACGCGACUCGUGCCGGAUCCGAUUUUUCGACGAUCUUUUUCUCAUCUGGGACCGACGACGACGGCGCGCCGUGUAGGUACAACGCGGCCAAGAUACUGUUAAAGCGCAGAGGAAUUUGCCCUUCGCGAGGAAUGCACCGCUUCUCGAUGCAGCCGGUGGCGGAGGCGGCGUCGGUCGGUCCAGCGGCGGUGGCCGCGGGGUCCGAUGCGUUUUGAAAACCGCGUUCUAAAUAUAAAAUCACCAACGGACAGCGAAGUCGCGGCGGCGACGGUUGUGGUGGGACGCGAGCGAGCGAGUGGCAUAUCAGCCGCAGCCGUUGUGUAUACGGAGUGUAAAUUAAAUCGCGUCGCCGGAGACACCGAGUCGUCGGUGGUACGGCGGACGCUGAACGCGUGCACGAGGGUAAAACCUGCGUCAAACGUGUAUCGUAUAUUAUGUAAUAUAAAAUGUAAAUCGCAUAAAAAAUUCACAAGUUUCAAGUGUGAGCCACCGUUCCCGAAGCAGUACGAUUUUCAUCCCUCCGGGCCCUCCUUCCCGCCACAUCAGUGUCCGUCCGCCGACGAUCCGAAACCGCGGUUUGAACGACACCGUAUUCGCGACCACGACAAUAUUAUUUUACAUUUCAUACCACAAUAUAACGUUAAAUUAAAAUAUAAUGUGCCGAGCACCUAACUCCUGUACCGCGUUACAAAAACACCCUAUAAUAUAAACACGAGCACCUCGUCAACAAUUAUUAUGUCGUAGUAUCUACCUACUUGGUUUUUUUCUUGUCGUUUUCACACAUUAUACACAAUUAUUAAUAUAUCAUCAUCAUCAUCAUCAUCAUCAUCGCCGAAUCGGUACGCGAUAACUGCCGGAGUGACAUACCCUCGGUGAAGGACCCCGCUCAGCCGAAACCGUCAUGACGCACAACAGCAAGACUUCGUUGCUCAACAACGCCGAUUACGGUGGCGGGGGUGGCGGAACGGCCGCCGCUUACGGCGCACCUCACGCCGCCACCGUCGUUGCCCGACCUACCACAUGGAUCAGGCAACCUCAAUAUUUUAGUAUUGGCUCCGUACGUGUUCGUUUUGGUCCAAUUUCUACCAAAAAUGAUGUCACCGUGGCUCCAUCUAAUGGUGAGUUCCAACUAGAUACUGACGCUAAAGAAUCGUCGUGCUGCUGCGGAGUAACAUCCCGAAUCCCUCUUCCGACCGGCUCUAAUAAUAGACACACUACUGGCGCUACUUGUCUGCCCCGAAUACAGGCGCCAGUAUACCGUAGCUCAUUGGAUUGGUCUAACCGCGUUCAAAAACCAUCGUCCGGUUGUUUCGGGAAGUUAACUGUCGAUCGUGUUCCGUUAGUCGCUAAAAUUUGUGACGACUCAAAAGAUCUACCUUUACAAGAACAAGAAGCUACUAAUCUGGACCGGUUCCAAAGGUUUCGUUUCGGCGGUCGCAACGGUAGAGGUGGUGCGCAAAAUAAAAAAACCAAACAAAACGUGACACCGAGAACUACUGACAAAUCUGACAGGCUGAGGAAGCUCACAGACAAGCUGAAGCAGCCACCGGCUUGUGAGGCACAGACGUCAGAUACCAAGGAUGAAAAUCUGAUGGGUAGCACAGCCACAUCGACAGCGAAUUUAAGUGGUGAGGAAUCGUUAGAUAAGUUUGAAGAUGGUAUACGAAAACCUGAAUCUAGAACUAUAGUUGGUUCCUAUUACCAGCGGUCUAUACCGUUUAGAAGUGCAUCAUUUUCCCAAGUGUAUUAUUCACCAUCCGACGGUAAAUAUAUAAGGUCCGAUGGACGAAAAAGGAGCACACCAAAUCCUGUUGCCCUUUCUCGUAAAGCUCAUUCGUCUGAACCUGUAAGAGCUUAUUCUCAGGACCACGAUGCUAUAGAUGUACCUACGCCCCCUAGACGAAAAAAUAAAUCGUUCAAGUCGUCAGAUCAAUUGAGUCAGUCAGACGUAGCUAUAAUUGAAGAGUCUUUAGAAAUAUCAGUUGAAGAAUCUCCUGAUCAAGUCACUGAAGAAACAUUUUUAUCGGAGUGGAAAUCUGAGACUGACGGUACUGUUCAGAAUCCCGAAGACAGUUCUACUAGCACACCUGUUGAUUCACCGAAAGAAGAACCACAAAGUCCAGAAUAUCCACAAAUGCCUCAAUGGUCGUCUCUCACAGAACUGCCCUUACUACGACCUAAAUUAUCUGCGCAGAGUUCUGAAGAAAAAGAUGAAGACAAAAUAUGUUCAUCACCAAAAGUAAAUUACCGUCAAUAUCUUUUGUCAAAAGCAGACUCAUUAUCUGAAGGCGAAAGUGACCAAGGUAACCAUAGUCAAACGUUAUCACCGACAAGAGAGUGUACAUCAUCUCCAUGCAAUGAAAAUUCUGAUUCUGAAAAAAAUUCUGGUCCACCCGUGCCUUAUUCAAAAAGACCUCUCCGUGGUCCGUAUUUAGAAAUGAUAGUAAAUGAAAAAAAAAAACCGGAAGUGAAUGGUAAAAAGCAAGAUGCCUUGAAGUUCCUAGAUGAAUAUCCUAAGCAAAUCCGAUCGGCUGACGAUUGUCAGCUGAAAAGAAGCUACACUUCACCCGACCAACCAUCGGACCGGUUAAGACUCAGAACAUCACCAAAAAGAAAAACUAGUGCAAAUAUACCGUUGUCAGUUACGGCCGUAAAGAAACACGGCAUUAAUGAAACAGUGAUUUGUCAUCAAAGAACAACAUCUAGUCCAAGUCAGUUGGAAGGAUGUUCAAGAGUGAAAAAUACGCCCGAACCUAGUCCUCAGCUAUUGGCACAAUUAUUGAAAGGAAGCUCUGAACAAGUGUAUGGAGGACCUUUGACAAACCCAUUAAAGGAUACGAGAACACAUGUAGUGGUUGAGCUUUAUGAUACGGAGCGUUCGUAUGUCGAAUCUCUACACACCUUAGUGAACAAAUACCUGUUGCCUUUGAAAAGUGUCGAAAACUCGGUACUAAUUGAACCGUCAGUGGUUGACGAGAUAUUUUACCAGAUACCAAACAUUUUAAUGGAGCACGAACAAUUCCUAAAAGAUCUACAUAAGCGUCUUGAAAUUUGGGACGCACAUCAGAGAAUCGGUGAUAUCUUAUUAGAAAUGUUUUCGAAAAAGCCUGUGAUAGAUUCAUAUACAUCAUUCAUAAAUAACUGGAAGCAAGCCAAAGAAGCUAUCAAAUCGACUUGCAAUUCAAAACCAGCAUUUGCAAGAUAUUUAGAGUCUACAGCUCGAGAACAUAAAGGAAAGUUGGCAUUAGAUUCACUACUCAUCAUGCCUGUUCAGCGAAUACCCAGAUAUGAACUUCUCAUACAGACGUUAUUAAAACACACUGAUCCAACGCAUCCCGAUCACGAGUCACUGAUCGAAUCGCAAAAACAAGUGCACGAAAUGGCCGUAAAAAUCAACUGCACCGAAAAGGACAAUAUGGAGCUGGAGCAGAUUGAGUCUUUGAUCGACGGACUGAUACAUUUGGCGGCCACUGACCGAACAUUCCUCAGACACGACUUGGUGACCAUCGUUUCCGGGCAGUCGAUGAACCGUAAGGAACGAGCGCUUUUCUUGUUCUCCGACUUGCUGAUCGUUACCAGUAUUAAAAGAAAAAGCGGAACCAUACGUAAACCAUCCACGACUACGCCAAACAGCGUCGUGAGCAAUUUAGAAGCAAACAAAUAUAAGUUACUUAUGAAGAUACCAUUGGAUGAUGUUGAAAUAGUUAAAGUAAAAGAUGAAAACGUUCGCCGUAUGCUUCGUGAGAUGGAGUAUUUGUCGGAAGAUGUCUCCACACUGACGCAAAUGACAGAUAUGGUUUCCAUGUUGCACUGUCCGCACAGUCACCUGGAAGACUCGAUUAAAGAUAUGCUCAGUGCACUCAACAAACAACUGUCGGAACGGCAAGCCAGUGACACUCAAUUAUGUUAUCUAGAACUGAACUUGCACACCAGGAAUGGUACCGAGACCGUGUCAAUAAUGUUUUCGAAACCAGAAAAACGAGCAAACUGGGAAGAGUCAUUUAACGAGGCCAAACAAAAACUCGUCCUGUCCACGGACCGGAGACCGAAUGCUGAUUUCGUUGGCCCGGUACCCAUACGAAAGACCCGGGCUGGCUUGCAGUUUACGUGUGCAGCGCCGGCAUUGAACCAAAGAGACGUGUGGGUCUGCAACAGUGACGGGUACGUUGGCCAAGUGUGCGUGCUGAGUCUCUACCCCGAGCCGACGGUCACUUCGUGUAACGGCGUUUGUAACGCACGCAUAUUGUGUGUCACCUCGAUACCGGCACCGCAGCGCAUCGAGUAAGUCGCUCAUAUGUGCACUUCAGCCAACAGUGCCGACAAGGACGACCAGAGCAGUAAUCCAGAGAUCAGUAUAUCGAUCGAAGACUGUGCUGAGCAGACCGGGCCGGACAUCAAAUUGGACAGCUCGUCGAGUGAAGAGGAUGACGACAAGGACGCUGGUCACGAUCGCGUCCCUGACGGAAUGUACCCCACGGACCCUGUGGACUUCGAAGGUGAGCCAACCAUGUGGCUGGGUACAGAGGAUGGAUGCAUACACGUGUACAAUUCGAUGGACAACAUUCGCAUAAAACGAAAUAAAGUUAAAAUUCAACACGGGUCUGCGGUGCAUUGUAUCAUAUAUCUCAACAAUCGCGUUUAUGUUUCAUUAGCAAAUGGCGAUAUUUGCAUCUACUACCCAGACACGAACGGUAGUUGGAAUACAUCGGAUCCGGUGACCAUCAACGUUGGUUCAGCUGCCAUCCCGGUUUCCAAAAUGUUACCUGUUGGCGAUAAGCUCUGGUGUUCAUGUCACAAUACUGUUAAGAUAUUUGACACGGUCACGUUACAAUUUCAACAUUCUUUCGUGAUCGGUGGUGACUCGAACCGAUCGAUCACCAACUUGGUCGUGUCGGGAAUGGGCGUGUGGCUGUCUCUGCAGAACUCGGCCGUGCUCCGGCUCGUCCACUCGGUCACGUGCGAAAUUCUGGCCGAAGUAAACACGGCACCGGCCGUCACUAAAAUGCUGUCGAGCUGCGACGACAUCAUAAGGCAACACAAAGCGGCGUGUCUUAGAGUGACGUCGCUGUUGGCGGUCAAAGACCUAUUGUGGAUCGGCACCAGCGCGGGCGUCGUCUUGACCAUGUCCAUACCGGCUGUGGUCGCGAACACCGGCAAACUCGUCACACUCCCUGUUCCUAUUGGUGUGCCACACGGUCACACAGGCCACGUGCGGUUCCUGACUCUGGUCGGCCAUUUGCCGCAGAACUUUUCCAAACAGCGACGGCAAUCGUUGAACCAGAGGAAGAUGAGCUCGUCCGGCAAGCUGUUGCUAAUAUCGGGCGGCGACGGGUACGAGGAUUUCCGGUCGACGGCCGCGUCGGAAGUGGCUGGUCGCGAGGACUCUACCAACCACCUGUUGCUGUGGCACGUGUGAUGGGACGCGGAUCCAGUGUAGGAGACGCAGUCCUCAAAUACAUUAUAGUCUCUGGUUUAAAGAUCGUUCGUGGACCACCACCUCUGCAGAUCGAUAUUAUAUACAUUUUUAGUUUAUAACGCGUUUCUCCGAUAUUGCGUGAAGACGAAUGUGCGUAUGCACUAUGCAUAUAGAUAGGACAGAUAUAUAUCUACUUCAAGCGGUCACAGUGGCGCUGAGCAUAAUACUCAGAUCAGUUUACUUGAUCCUUUUAAACUAUGUUGGGUUGGUAGAUGGGUCAAUAGAGCCAAUAACUCUGAACGGAAUCAUUCUUUAUUUGGUUCAAAUCCGUUCCUACAUAACAAUACAAAGUAUACCUACCGGAUCGGUGUGUCUAAUAUUUUGUAGAUGUAUCGUCGUCGGCGUCACUGUAGCGCGAUCAACGUAGUAUUAGUGUAUUACCAUUCAAUCGAUAAUUUAUUGUAUUAUUACUUGUUAGUUAUUAGCAGAUAUCAAUACUGUAACUAGCGCACAUGUAUGUAUAUCCUUAACUACCCAUAAAAAAUCUUACACACACUAUUGUAUUCGUAUUUGCGCGAGGGUAACGUACAUAUUUCAGUAUUUGCUUCUAUGGUGGCUUUGCCGCUUUGGUGCCAUUGUAUGGAUGUAUGAUACAGAGGUUUGCCAACAUUUUACUGUGUCAAACCCCCUAACUCCCUAUCCAUAUUUCGCGUUGAUGUUAUUAUUAGGGUUUCCUCAAUUAUAGGGAGUUAUUAACGGUAUUACGAUGCAUUUUUUUCGUGAUUUUUCGUAAAUUAUAAUUUAUUUAUUAAUUAUAUUGAAUAUUUUGUUGUUUAUAAAUUCUCAUUAUUAUUGCCAUUUAUUUUCAUUACCUAUCGUUCUUUGUCAUUUUCUUAUUAUUACUAUUAUUAUUAUCAUUAUAUUUAUCAUAAUAAAUUAUUAUAGUCGUAUGCUUAAAUUUGUGUUAAAUAAAUUUAAAAUAUUAAUAAGUUAUAUUAUAAUUUUACUAAAUUCAUAAAUAUUGUAAAAUUAAAUUAAACUCCUUUAUUAGCUAUAAGUAUAUACAUCAAAUGUAAUUUGGAGUUAAGUUUUAGCUAAUUUUUGUUCAGUGAGAAAUACAUGUAGGUAUUUACUUUAGGAAUAUCAGGUACAGUAUUCCUAAUUUUUUAACUUUAAAUUAUGUACUGAAGCCCGUUUAAUUAAUGUUUAUAUUAUUAACUAAAAUAUAGAUACCUAAUUUAUUUUUAUUUUGUUUAUAUGUCAAGUAGAGUUGGAUCUUAAGAUUUUGACUUUUAAGUUAUUAUGUAAUUAUUUGUUACCAAAUUGUUAUUGUAUACCUAAUUAAUACUACACAAAGUUAAUAUAAUUAAACAUUUUGAAU